AUGGACGAUCUACAAAACAGUUACACAAAGUCCCCUCCAAGUGCAAACCGGUCGAUCAGAAGGCAGCCCAACGCCAGUCUUCACUUGUCCUCAGCGCCCAUGACCAUGUCUUUAAAGCACGAAAUUCGACUCCCAGUGUUGACCAGGGCAUACACUAUACGGUUACAAGAAGAGGCAAUGCGAAGAAUCAAGAAUGGCUUCGUCAGCUUACAGAAGCUGAGACGAGAGCCUCCAUACAGAAACACAAAGCAGCAACUUGCGAGCUCAGGCGCGAUAUCAAUCUCCGACAUUGUGACCAGUCUUACACAAGAUCUACUAGAUGAAUUUAUUACUCGUGUAUGUAGUGAGGUAACCAUCUCAAUGGACAGACUUCUUGUAGAAAUGGGGAUCAAGAACGGUCCUCCUCACCUUUCCGGGGCUAUUCCUUUGACAGAGACGCUCACGACAUCAAUGCUUAACAGCACGGCAACGCUAAGUGGUCCAGGUCUGUCUUUACACCAGGGUCCGUCUCGGAUAACACAAAAAGCCUAUCCCCAUCACAAAGUACCCGCUAGAAGUAAAUGA